AUGCUCGGGCUAAUUGAUGUACAAUUUGAAUAUAAUGAGGAGGACUUUGAAAGUAUUUCGUCUGGAAAGUCCUUCAAUGCUCGCUAUCGACAACAAUUCCAAGAUAUGAAUCCAACAGCGAGUUGGGCACGUAUUAAUGCUGUAAUGGUGGCGAAAUACAACGAGUACCAGAACAUGCUAACUGGACGUGGUAGACAAUUAGCUAGUAAGAAAGUUGGCCGAAUUCCUGGAUCUACUUCAACUCCAGCAUCUUCUAAGGAUUUGCAACCAACUUCAUCUGGUGCUGGUUCUUCUGGACAAUUUGAUAAAGUUGAGAAGGUUGCUCCUUUGAAAAUUCGCCUUUCAACGAGAAAGAAGCGAAGAAAUGACGAUUCUGAAGAAGAACUUAACUCUGAUCAAGAAUUUGAAUCUCUUCUAAAAGAACAUGAACGGCAAUUGGAUGAGGAGGAAAGAGCAAAGGAGGAACGAAAAAAAGAACGUGCCGCAGCUAGGAAGGCUAAAGAAUCGAAACAAAAAGUUAAACGGCGAAAGGAGGAAGGCGAAGGAGGGGAAGAUGGAGAUAAUCCACAGCAAGAACACCAAGAUUAUUGUGAAGUAUGUCAACAAGGAGGUGAAAUAAUCCUUUGUGACACUUGCCCACGUGCUUACCACUUGGUCUGCUAUGAUCAAGACUUGGAGGAACCUCCAGAAGGAUUCUGGUCUUGUCCACAUUGUGAGCAAAAUGGACCUCCUUCAAGAGAUGAGGCAGCAGCGGAUGCGACUCCAGGGAAUAUGGAUACUUGUAGAGUUUGUUCUGUGAGUUUUUUGGAUUUUUAA